UUUGAAAGCUUCAUAUGGACUAUACCUGUUAUAUUGGUGCUUGAAAGCACUGGAUCCUGUAUCACAUGUGGUAAAGUUGAGUACAGAAUAGGGGAUGAAUGUUGUCCCAUGUGUUUAAAAGGACAUCAUGUACAUAGUCAUUGCACCAAAUUUACAAGUAUACCUGUCUGUGUGCUCUGUAUUGACUCCACGUUCCUUGAUGAGCCCAGUGGUAAAACAACAUGCAACAACUGUACCACAUGUGAUCCAGGUUUGGGUUUGAAGGUAAAGCAGCCAUGUAGACCUUCAUCAGACACUGUCUGUGAGACACUGGAGGGGUUCUACUGUCUAGACCCAACUAAGGAUGGUUGUAGAGCAGCCCAGAGACACAGCAGCUGUAAACCUGGUCAAUACAUCAGCCACACAGGAACAACAUCUACAGAUACUGUGUGUUCUGACUGCCCUGGUAAAACUUAUUCAGAUGGAUCAUUAACAUCUUAUCAACCACAUACAGAAUGUGAAUUCUUGGAAAUUGAACCAGGAACUCCUUGGUUGGAUUCAGAAUGUGGAGUUGCCUCACUUCCCACAGCUGGAUUCAUAGCUGGUGUUCUGAUAGGUGUUCUAUUUUUUCUGAUAGCCAGCAUAGCUGGUGUUUGUUUAUUUAUGAGAAGAAGAGAAAUGGAGAGAAGAGAAAUAAUGAGAACAAGACAAAACUUAGACCCUCAAAUACCUAAACAGGCAUCCCCAGAUCAGGAAAUACCAAUGCUGUCUGGGGGAACUGGAAAAGAUUCAAGCCCCCGUCACAGUCAGGGACUCCACAUUCUGUAAUCUGUGGUCCACUGGCUGGCUGGUCCAGCCAUCGCUAGUGUAUCUUAACACUACAUGUUAAAUGUGAUAUUGUAGAAUCUGGUUGAUAUAAAAACAGGAUUCUACACCACAUUCAAUUGUUGUGUAAAUAAAUGAAACACAUUGAAACCCAACCUCCAGUAGGAAGAAUGUGACUUCUAGAUACCUGUUGGGAGAGGACCACUGUGUCUUUGUAUCAUAUGGGGAUGUUUGAAACGUACUCAUCAGCCUGAACUGUUCCCACUUGUGUCAGCGAAUAGCUAGCUUUUCAUGUGGGCGCCACUGGUAAGAUGCUUCGGGAGGGCGGAAACAUAUCAGCUUCUGCCUACAGCCUACAGACUGGUCUAAAAUGAAAAGGACCAUGUGAUGAGUGUAAAUUAGCUCCACCUUGCUAGGAAACAGAUUUAGAAGCUGUUUCCCCUCUUCCUAGGGGAAAGUCAUGUGUUCAUAACUUCAGGACCACAAUAUCUGUCAGCCCAGACUAUGGAACUUCAAAUGGGACUUGAUAAUAUCUUGAGACACAGAUUACUGGAAACUGGUGCAGGAUGCACCGGUCUAAUGUCCAUUGCUUGUGUUUCUUGGCCCAAGCAAGUCUCUUCUUAUUGGUGUCCUUUAGUGGUGGUUUCUUUGCAGAAAUUCGACCAUGAAGGC